AAAACACGAUCCGUUAUGACACCAAUGCCCUCAUUAUCGUCCUGCUUCUGGUAACACAUAGAUUGUCAUGACGUGGGCGGUUUACUCGAGGCAUACUGAGCCUGUAGGACCUAGUCACGCCAUAUUCCCAUCGUACGUCAAAACCACGGCCAAUGGCACGAAGAUAAAUACCACGAGGAUUCCACUACCAUGGCCCACUUUUAAAUCAUACUAAAUCAUUAAUUUGCUUUGUACCUGUUUCAACAAGAUCUUACAUAAUGGUCGGAUCAGGCCAGUACUAUAAGAACAAACCCGAGCCCGGUAGGGGUGGAGAUACAUUCGAUAAACACGAUUCCCCGGUGGUUGCUGCAGAAGCAUGGUAUGGGUUUCCCGAUGGAUACGAAGACAUCAGGGGCCUCCGACUCAAGUUCGAAGAUGGUGAUGAAUUGGACGUGGGAAGGGUAGGCCGUCACCCUCCCGACAGUGCCUAUGAUUUCAAACAAGGCGAGAAGGUCACCGAGAUGAAUGUCUGGGGCCACACCGACCCGGUCACCGGGAUUCCAAAUGGCUUCGUUACUGGAAUCGAGUUUAGAACUACUCGGACCAACAAGCCACAAGUGCUCGGAGUCCAGGAAGGGCAGCGCUAUUAUCAGGGAUUAGGGAACGGUCAUCUCGUUGGUUUCCAGGGACGUGCUGGCUAUGAGGUUGAUGCGAUCGGUGCCAUUUACGAGGAAUAAUGGGUGAGCUUGAAGAUGUUUUCAUCCUUGAUUCGCCGU